AUGGAUACGCUCCAACGGUUACGGCAAUAUAGACCAGGACAGGAGCCCCCAGAUCGUCACCCAUUCCAAACCAGAAACCACAGCGAGGGACCGUCGAAUUCUUCAUCUCGUUGCCUAUCCCCGCCACCAAGUCUUGCGUCCAAUAUACCCACUCUUUCCGACUCAAAUUCACCAUCAACGCCGAACAAUAACCAGGACCCUUUUCUUCGCACAUCAGGCGCCAGACCGGAUAGACAUUCAUGCUCACCGUCCGCAUCGGUAUCCAGACCAGGAUUGAAUGUCCUUGCUGGACCCGCUGAUUCAGCAGAUGAGUGUGGUGAAAGUGAUAUCUCACCUACAGGACCCAAAGCGACGCGAUCUCCGUCGCCGCAAUCCAGUGUUCAUUCGGAUGUUCAGCACCCACAACAAUCAUUGCCUUGUUCACCUGUACCUGGACCCAUUAAGACGUCUACAUCCUCUCGUAAAGCGAGAAAUAAAUCAUUUUUGAUGAAGACACGGUCGAAAGGAAUAUUAUGGAAGAAAUUCAAGCCUGCUUUGGUACUCGAGAACUCUGGGAGCGUCGCGCGGGACCAUCUAGCUUCAGAGCGCACGUUUCUGGCGUACGUCCGAACCAGUUUGGCAUUGGCGAGCACCGGAGUUGCACUGGUCCAACUUUUCACAAUCGCCGAUUUAACAUCUUGGUCAGCGUAUUCAUCGACACCCGCGGGUCGCCGAAUCCAGCGCUUUGCUCGGCCGCUAGGGGUAACAUGCAUAGUAUUUGCUUUGAUUGUUCUAGGAAUCGCCGUUUACAGGUACUUCAAAAUCCAACACGCACUACCCGAACAGAAAUUUCCUGUUGCCCGUAUAUCCAUUGCGUUUAUUUCCUUCGUGUUAGGUGCUCUGGUGGUGGUCAUAUUUGGCGCGCUGUUAAGCGAAAGGGUAUGA